GGGCUUUACGGACGCUUCGUUAAGUUGUCAUUGAACUUCGGUUUUUUUAAACGAAUCUAUAAAAGGUUCUCUUUCGUAGACAGUCGUCGUUCGUAUUCAAAAGUGCGUAGCGAAAAGCAAAAAAAAUGGAUAAAAGUGAGAGUUGCAAAGAUGAUGGUGUCACAAAUAAAAAAGAUCAGAGCCAGAGAAAACCUGGUACCCAUAUUUGGUGCAAAAUAGCUCAGGAACAAGCUUUGGAAAACAAACAGAAUGAAAUGAAGGAAAGAAUGUUGCUUUUAAAAAAGAAUAAGGGUCGUAGGAACGCAACUGAUUUAGUUCCUAAGAAGGCACAAAAACGGACUGCACAAGAUCGCAAUAAUGCUAUAAUGAAGAAGAGAGGUAAAAAAGAAGAACAAAUGGAAGAUACGAAGAAUGAGGAAAAAGAGUGUGGAAAGCCAGUGGUGGAAAAAUAAUUACAUUUACUAUAAUCUAAAAUCAAGAAUUCAUUACCCUACGUUCUACAUCCACAUCCUGAGUGUAAGGUUUCAGAACCAUAGAAAUUAAUAACAAUUAAUUAUUUAUCAUCUUAAAAUUUUGUUUUUAAACAUAAUUUAUUAAACACUUGAAA